ACCCCAAACCCCUCUCAUCUCCCCCACAGCCUAUUAACGCCCUCCGUUCCUCAAUCUCCUCUGCUGACCAUCUAAACCUUGCUCUUUCACAGCAGCUUCCUUGUCACCACUCCAGACAAAUUCUCUCGAAGGCUCUUGCGUGGCAAAGUUUGCAGACUCAAUCUUUGCAUCCUUUUCUGCAGCGAAGCUCUGAUUUCUACUUAUGGGAUGCAAUUUUGCAUCUUCACAAAUGCGCAGCCCACCUCCUUUAAUGCUUUGUGGUGUGUUGUCAACAUUUUAUACGGUACCCAUUAACCGUUCAACGCUAUUCUCAGGCAAGAAACCUGUACUUUAUUCUCUCCGAUUCCAGUCGUCACAUUGUGCUGCUGUAUUGAAAACAUGUGAACGAGCUGGUGGAGAUUUUAUUAGCGUGAAAAGCCCGAAUUUUCGGUUAGAAAGGUUGCCACCCAGAAAUUUGUAUGCUAUUAAGUCAGAGGUUUUAAUUGAUCGAGAAUGGAAGAAUACAAGCCCGAGGGCCGGUCUUGAAAAGGUGAAUGGGAAAUGGAAGCUUAAGUGGUAUUCAGAAAUGCUGCGAAAUUGUGCGGCAGACUUGUGUUUGAGUGAGGGUAGAGCGAUUCAUGGGCAGAUAAUUAGGAAUGGGACAGAGCCCGAUUCACACUUAUGGGUUUCUUUGAUUAAUUUUUAUGCAAAGUGCAGAGCUUUGGAUUCUUCACGUCACGUGCUUGAUCAAAUGCCUAUAAAGGAUGUGGUGUCAUGGACUGCUUUGAUAUCGGGAUUUGUAGCUUUGGGGCAUGGGAUUGAAAGUUUUGAAUUGUUUUGUGAGAUGAGGAGGGAGAAUGUGAGGCCUAAUGAGUUCACUUUGGCAACAGUAUUGAAAGGUUGUUCAAUUUGUUUAGAUUUGGAGUCUGGCAAACAAUUGCAUGCAGAUGUGAUUAAAAUUGGUGCACUUUCAGAUGUGUACGUUGGUUCCACUUUAGUUGAUCUUUAUGCUAAGUGUGGAGAGAUGGAAUAUGCAGAAAAUGUUUUCGUUAUGAUUCCAGAACAAAAUGCUGUGUUGUGGAAUUCUUUGCUUAAUGGUUAUGCCCAAGCGGGUGAUGGAGAGGCAGUUUUGAGACUGUUUUGCGGAAUGACGGAAUCAGAGACGAGGUUUAGUAACUAUACAUUGUCUAUUGUUUUAAAAGGUUUGGCUAUGUCAGGUGAUCAUGGAGCUGGUCAGGCUGUCCACUCAAUGGCCAUUAAGACAAGAGGUGAACAUGAUGAUUUUAUAUGUUGUAGCCUUGUUAAUAUGUACUCAAAAUGUGGGCAGGCAAAUGAUGCACUCAGUGUGUUUAAGAGGAUGGCCAAUCCUGAUAUUGUAGCAUGGAGUACUGUUAUUAGUAUCCUCGAUCAGCAAGGUCAGAGAAAAGAAGCAGUGGAGCUAUUUCACUUGAUGAGGAAUUCUGGUGUGAGGCCUAACCAGUACAUGAAAUUUCAAGCAAUUUAUGAGGGACAUCAUGUUUUUAAUGCAAUGACUCACUGGGAUGUUGUUUCAUGGAAUGCCCUUUUAUCAGGAUUUCAUGAUGAUGAAAUCUCUAAUCAAGGGCCCAAGCUUUUCAAGCACAUGCUUGCUGAAGGUUUUAGGCCCAACAUGUACACAUUUAUCAGCAUUUUGAGGUCUUGUUCCAGCCUCUUAAAUGUCAAAUUCAGGAAGCAAGUGCAUGCACACGUAAUUAAAGAAAACUUUGAGUAUGAUGGUUACAUAGGCACUGCUUUGAUUGACAUGUAUGCCAAAUGCGGGGCCUUGGAAGAUGUAGAAGUGGUUUUUGGCAGAUUGGAUGAGAAAGACAUCUUUGCUUGGACCGUUCUCAUUUCAAGUUAUUCACAAGCUGAUCAGGGAGAGAAAGCUGCUUGCUGCUUCAAUCAGAUGCGGAGGGAAGGUGUUGAGCCCAAUGAGUUCACCCUAGCUAGCUGUUUGAGGGCUUGCUCCGGAAUAGCAAGCCUUGAGAAUGGCCGGCAGCUGCAUUCUUUGGUCAUUAAGGGUGGGCAGUCUUUUGACUUAUUUGUAGCCAGUGCAUUGAUCGAUAUGUAUGGAAAAUGUGGGUGCAUUGAGGAUGCAGAGAUAUUAUUUUAUGACAUGGAAUCAGGCGAUACUGUGUUAUGGAACACAAUUAUAUGUGAAUAUUCUCAUCACGGGCAGGGUGAAAAGGCUCUUCAAGCAUUUAGGACAAUGAUUGAAGGAGAAUUGCUUCCUGAUGAAAUCACAUUCAUAGGAAUCCUAUCUGCGUGCAGCCACAUGGGAUUGAUUGAGGAUGGAAGAAAGUACUUUAACUCGAUGAGUGAAUUGUAUGGAAUUACUCCGUCUAUUGAGCAUUAUGCUUGCAUGGUUGAUAUACUUGGUCGAGCGGGUAAAUUUGAUGAGGUCGAAAGCUUCAUUAAGGAUAUGAAACUAACUCCAAAUGCCUUGAUCUGGGAAAAUGUUCUAGGGGCAUGCAGAGUUCAUGGCAAUGUGGAAUUAGGUGAAAGAGCGGCAGAAAAACUUUUUGAAAUUGAACCUCAAACAGAUUCAAACUAUAUACUAUUAUCUAACUUGUAUGCUACCAAAGGGAGGUGGGAUGCUGUUGCUAAGGUCAGGACUUCCAUGUCCAAUAAGGGUAUUAAAAAGGAACCUGGGUGUAGCUGGGUUGAGGUUGAUGCGCACACACAUGUCUUCUUGUCUCAGGAUGUGUCGCAUCCAAGGCUAUGGGAUAUCCAUCAAAAGUUGGAGGAGUUGAGACACAAACUUACUGAAAAAGGCUAUGUGCCAAACACGAAGUAUGCACUUCAGAAUGUACCAGACAAGGAAAAAAGCGAAAACCUGUUACACCAUAGUGAAAGAAUAGCUUUGGGUUUUGCACUUAUAAGCAAGAUUCAAAGUGAAAAAAUCAGAAUCUUCAAGAAUCUUCGUAUUUGUGGAGACUGCCAUGAAUUUAUGAAGCUCGUCUCAGGCAUAACAAAUCGAGAAAUUGUUGUUCGUGACACCAGACACUUCCACCACUUUCAGAGUGGCACCUGUUCAUGUAACGAUUAUUGGUGAUUCUGUUAUUUAGGCAUUUGAGUGGUAUAUGUGCAAGUGUGCAACAAUCCAAGAUAGUCAAGUUUUGAGCCCAAGCUAUCAAAAUCAAUGGAACAAGCACGGAAUUGUCUUCUUCCAAUGGGCAUUACUUCAGAAAAUGUUGCCCACCAUUUUGGCGUCACAAGGCAGGAGCAAGAUCAGGCUGCCGUUGAAUCACGUAGAAAAGCUGCUUUUGAAACUGCAUCUGGGAAAUUUAAGGAGGAGAUAGUUCCGGUGAAAACUAAGAUGAUAGAACGGCGCUUCAGGAAUUGAAUGAGAAAUGGGGUUCUAGCGAGGAUUCCAUAUCGAAGAUUAUUGAAAAGGAAUAUAAGAAUUUGCCAUGGGUGCACUUAACAUUACUGAAACAUCAUCUUGAAAAACUUUGUGAAUCUGGGGAAGUUGUGACUCGUGGCCAGAGAUAUAUGCUUGCCGGUGCAAUUCCAAAUCUGAUAUCAAGCAUAAGACAUAAGAGGAAGAAAAGAAGGAAGAAAUGGAAACUGAACUGGGAUUGGAAGAGGGAACGAUAAAGCUGCGUAAGAGACGUGAGUCUAAGCAAAAAUAAUCGGCAAAAAGGAGAUCAAAAUGAAGUAACUGAAGACCACAAGGAAUCUGGAGGCCUAGAAAAUCAUUUGAGUGAAAAUGCAAUGUAUGGGAAAGAGGAGCAAAAAGAAGAGGAUAAGGAAGAGAGGUUGCUAUCAUAUACCAUUAGAGAAAGUAAUGAUGAUUUUGAUCCUAGCCUUUUGUCCAAUGAACCUCCCAGUAACAUGGAAUUCUAUGAAUACAGGUAUUUGGAGAAGGUGAAACCACAGCAGCAAGAAGGGGACAAAGGUAAAAAUAUCUGUCUUGAACUUUCAAGUCAGAAGCCUCUGGGUUUGGAGUCAAUAAGAAUUGAGCUUCACAGUAGGAUGGAAUUUGAUGAAAACAAGUAUUUGGAGGGAGCAAAACAGCAGCAGCAAAAAGGGGACAAAGCUGAAGAUAACUGCCCUGAGCUUUCAAGUCAGAGGCCUCCUGACUUUGAGUCAAUAAGAGUAGUGCCUACCAGCAGGAUGGAAUUGGAUGAAAACAAAUAUUUAGAGGCGACAAAAUACAGCUGCAAGAAGCGGACAAAACCAAAGAUAACGGCUCUGAACUUUCAAGUCAGAGGCCUCCUGACUUAAGAGUCAAGUUGAGAACUAUUGCCAUUAGGGAUCUACUCUGUGAGUGAUUUUGGUGCGCAAGAAUGCCCCUUUGUAACAAAAAAAAUUGCACUUGUUAGACAGUAGCUCAGAAAAGCUUGAUUCUGCUGAAGGUGUGAAAUUGGAACUGACUAAUAUGGAGCAUUCAAUUACUCAGAAGCCUUUGAUAUUUGGACCACUAAAGAAUAGAUCAGUUGGGCCUACAGGGCUAGAACUUGUGAGUUCCAAAGGGUUUUGUCAAUCAUUGCGUAACCGUAGGCUGCCUGAACCUAAAGAAGCAGCAACUAUGCGUUAUAUGGAAGUGUUGGCUUUUCCAAGUCAGAGGAUCAGCAUUUGCCACAGUUAAAGCUUUCAAAUCUGGAGCGUGUUCAGGAUCAACAGAGACACCCAAGAACUCUACUAAAUUACCAGAUCAGCGAGUAAAGCUCCGUAGUUAUAGAAAGCAGCAUGAACCUGAACAAUUUAAUCUUUCAAAAUCAGAUGGGAAGGAAGGAGUACAGUCAUUUGUUAAUGAAACCUACAAGCUGGCAGCUAAGAAAUGUGAUAGAAGAAGGAAGACAAUGUCCUAGCAAGAAAUUAUUGCAUAAUAUGAGUGAUGGAACUGGCAUUAAGAACAUGCAACAAUAAGCACAACUUUAGGAGUAAAAAUAAAAUUAGAUUUUGAUUAUUUUGAAUAAUUUCUUGUAUUUUAAUCUUUUGGUGCUGAGCUUGAAUCUAUGACUGCCAAUCCUAUGACUUGGGAAGGAGAUGUCAAUCCAAAAGUAAAAUCAAUGGAACAAGCACGGAAUUGUCUUCUUCCAAUGGGUGUUACUUCAGAAAAUGUUGCCCACCGUUUUGGUGUCACAAGGCAGGAGAAAGAUCAGGCUGCCGUUAGUUGAAUAGAUCUGCCAAAUUGAUGGCUGCUUCAAAUUAUCUAUGUCCUUAAUGACUUCUUAACUAUCUUCUCGGGUCGAAUCACAUAGAAGGGCUGCUUCCGCAACUGCAUCUGGGAAAUUUAAGGAGGAGAUAGUUCCGGUGAAAACUAUGGUGACAAUGUUCUAAAAUAAUUCUUAAAAUUGUUAUUGUAUUGUUUUUAUUUCUUUUCUUCCAUCGAACUUCUUUGACUCUAAUUUGCAUUUCAUUGUUCAUUUUGGAUGCAUUUGACAGUCUAGAAUUUGUUUACCGGGAAAUGGACAUUUUGAUAACUGGGUUGACUUUGGGGUGGUGACAGAUGAUAGAGAAAGAAGCAGAUGGUGUUUUGAAUCUUUUGAACUCUUUUUUCUUACAAUUGAUUUUAAUGUUUGCUUGGUAUAUUUAAUUCCUUUUCACUUUCUUAGAUUGUUCGGUUUAUUUCAAUCCUACUGGAUCUAGGUCGUUGGUUGGGUUUCUUCUUAUUAGGUUCGACCUUCUGCUUGAAUGUGUUGAUGUAAUUUCUAUUUAUCUAUUCUUUGUUCGCAUAUUUUAGGUAUUAAAUUUUAUUUUCUUUUGCCUUAUUCUAUGUUAGAUAUGAAAUAAUUUUUGACAUAUUUGUAGUUAAUAAUUAGAUACAUAGUGCAUUUGGAGUACGAAAAUCAACAUCAUCCAUAAGAAAGAAUACUACAAGAUAAUGAUUCCAGAGCUUGGACCAUGUACCCUUAAAAUCACAUUCUACGAUCUCCGUGUGAAAUACCAUAGUCAUCAUAGUAGGUAAUCAUGUCUAAUCUUAACUAUGUUACAUAGAUUUGUAUAUAAAUAGACUCAUAUUAGAUGUCAAUCAUAUCAUCAUCAUUUGUUUCCGCUUGUUCAUGAUGUAUCAUAUAGGUGAUUUUGUUUCCUUUUCUUAUAAGGUUUAUAUUUAUAUGUAUUACAUCAUCCAUGUUAAUUUUAGGCAAGAAUAUUGGGAUUGCAUUUGAAGAAGAGUUUAGAAGAAUAGAAUGACCACCUAACAAAAGAGAAGGUAAUUACGUUGUUUUGUAGACCUAGGAUGAUAGCUUUUGAGGCAGUAAUCAAUUUGUUGAAUUCGAUUAUUUUGUGUUUAGUAAUGGAAUUAAAAAGAGUGAAAAAGGAAGGUGAUCAAUUGAGAUUUAGGCUUAGCGUAUUAUGAAUAAUUAUAUUUUACAGUUAGAAGAAUAUCACAAUCAGUUCUUCUGAAAGGGAAUUUGUUACUGUUUUUUGGCAAUGAAUCAUAAGAAAGGAGUCUGCAGAGACAAUUCAUAUCCUAUCAUUUAUAUUUUACCUAACAAAUUGACUUGAUGGAGGGGUAUGUGAUCUAGAAAUGAAUAAGCAGGUGUGGAAUGUUUAAACAAAUUGAAGGUUCUAAAAUUGGCUCAGAAAAUCUUGAUGGAGAAUUCGUAUUUGAGAAGCCCUUUUUAUAUAAUCCCAACAUUAAAACUCUGCCUAUUUAAUUGUAUUCCUAAUAUUUCUAUAGCAAGUUUGGAAGAAAGUGGCAGCUGUUAGAUUGGCUGCUUCUUUAAGAAUGCAUGUCUGUUCAAUGACCACCAUACACUUAUAUUUAACAUUCACCUGUUGCACGUUUUCCUCACUAGUUAUUAGUAAAUUAUCUCAAAGCUAAUCUCCUAUUUCGAUGAUACAUGCAACUGGGUAGAAAAGAAAAUACUGAUCUAUAUUAUAUUACUUUUGUUUUCCUAAUUAUAUCUCCAUGCAAUCAUGACUGAAGAUUUAAUGGUAAAUAUUGUUAUAUGUUCACUAUUUUAGCAUUGAAAAGAUGAUUAACCAUUGGAGAUGCUGUAUGUUAUUGUUGGUCUUUGAUAUCUCAUGAAAAAUCAGAUGACCUCAGAUAAGGCUGUGGUAAAAUGGGUUGUUGUGCACAAAAGAAAGUGUAACCUUUAUUUCUUUUCGACAUUUGCGUGCAGAAUGGUUAACAAAUUUCUCUUCACACGAACAAUAUACUGUUAGCAUAUUUCGCUUGGGAAACCUAAGCUGCAUUAAGGUUAUCUUUUGCUAUUGAACUUUUAUCUCUCACGAAUGUACUUUUAUUAUUGAUUAAUUAGUUGCAUAGGGAAAGUUGAAUGCUUCAGAACGUAUUUAUGUUUCAAUCGUUCAAUACACCUUAUGGAUCUGACUAAUUUGUGAUCAUCAAAGUGGUAGGCUCAAAAUAUACUACUUGUUAGCUUUCUAAUUCAAGAUCUUUGAAAGUGCUAAGUCCUAUAUAUAAAGUGCCAUUUGGAAUGCUAAAUGGACACAUUUGUGUAGUAGUAUAAUUGAACAUUCUGAGUUAGUGAAAUUCUUUUUUUAUGUUCUUGUAGCUACAUUUUAUUUUUGUCUCAAGUACCUUCUCUGCUUCUGAAGAAUCAUUUAUAACUUUUAUUCUCCUUUAUCAUUUGUAUUUUUAUUUAUUUGUCUGUAAAUAAAGUAGCAUGUGCCAACAGGGAUCAGGCUUUUAUUCUCCUUUAUCAUUUGUAUUUUUAUUUAUUUGUCUGUAAAUAAAGUAGCAUGUGCCAACAGGCAUCAGGCUUUUAUUGGAGUUCGAUCUAUUUCCACUUAAGUUGGUAAGAAUCGUUAUUGAAUUUCUAUGUGCUAUAUUGUUGAAGCUUCCUUAAUAUUAGCAAAACUUUUUUUUUAUGAUCAACCUGAACUUUUCAUCGUUAAUUUUUUUGAUGAUCAACUUUAAUAUGCAGUCUUUAACCGAGUGAAAAGUGUUAGGAAUAUUCAGAAAAUUACAAAGGCAAUGAAGAUGGUUGCCGUGUCAAAGCUUCGUGCAAUUCAGACUAGAGCUGAAAAUUCAUGUGGCCUAUGGCAGCCGUUCACUGCUCUUCUUGGCGAUACCCCAAGGGUUGAUGUUAAGAAGAAUUUUAUUGUUACAAUUUCUUCUGAUAAAGGUCUUUGUGGUGGGAUUAAUUCUACGUCUGCCAAGAUAAACAGGGCUCUUCAUAAAUUAAACUCUGGUCCUGAAAAGGAUAGUAUACGUCGUUUUGAAAGAGAAUGCCAAGGCCCAACUUGUGAGGGAUUCCAAGAAAGACAUCGAGUUUUGUAUAACUGAGUUGCAGAAGAAUCCCCUGAACUACAUCAGGUGUCUGUGCUUGUUCCAUUCAGUUUUGUCAUUUAUGCCAACUGCUGCGACUGUAUCAUCUCCAGAGGUCAUCAAUGGCGUGAAUUUAGCGACUUGAAUCUUUAUAUGAGUGCUCUCUAUUAGGAUAUUAAUUCUAUUUCAUGCUAAUAUAUGUUGUGGAGAGAGAAGCUGAAUCAGGGGGAAAACUUGAGGAGUUGGAUAAUUAUGAAAUUGAGGGUGGCGAAACAAAGUCAGAAGUACUUCAGAACCUAACAGAGUUCCAGUUUUCCUGAGUCAUGUUCAAUGCAGUCCUAGAAAAUGCUUGCAGUGAACAGUGAGCUAGAAUAUCUGCAGUGGACAACUCAGCAGAAAUACUAGAGACAUGCUUGAUCGCCUCACACUCACCUAUAACAGAAGAACCUGUCAAGCAUCUAUCACUACAGAAUUGAUAGAGAUUAUUUCUGGAGCAUCAGCACUCGAGGGCUAAUUCAAUAAAGCUUCUGCUGCCCCUCUUGGACGUCGAUGAAAUAAAUUAUUUUGAACACUGUAUUGCAUUUUUUGUUACUUGUAGAUUUUCUUCAUUAAUAAUCUCCCCAAAUAAUCUUUUGGGGAAUUAUUGUGUUUACGAUUUGAACUUUUUCUGAAAAAUCAUGUUUACCUCUUAUUGGUUUGCUCGGUUUCUAUCAAAGCAUUUAUCUGAACUAUUACAAUG